AUGGGCCGAGCAGAUCGCCGCAAGCCAGAAUGGAAAGACUGGCAAGGUGCCGCGGAUCACAGCCGGUGGCAGCAAGAUGGCGGCUGGGACUACUCUUCUGGUGCGCAUGGAUGGCACAAGCAACAACCCAAGUCCAAGGGACAAGGGAAAGGCAAAGCCAAUUUCCCCUCCUUCGAGACGAUGGAAGGGGCCCAGCGGAAAGAGGAGAAGCCAGCUGGAGACCAACCGGUGGAGCCUGUGACGACCAGGAAUGCUGCUGGGGCGCUGUGCAAGACGGUGCAGAAAGUGGUCAACGCCAUCCGCAGGAACGAGGGCAAGGUGAGACGAGCCGAGGAAGACAUCCAGGACCUGCAGGAAAAGUGGCGACAGUACGAGACCGAACUGAAGCAGACUUUCGCAAAAGAACGAAAGCGCUACAGCGAGAAGCUCGACAAGAUCCGCCAAGAGAAGGAGGACUACCACGACAGCCUGACGGCGGCCCUCACGGACUUGCAGAAGAUCCUUGCUGGCGAGGACCCGGCCCAGGAGAAGAACACCAACCAGGUGGAGAUCCCCCAGGACGCACAGAAUGCCUGGGACGAGCUCAUGGCGGAGGACCGCGACGAUGAGAUGGGCAUCACUGGUGCAAUCGAGACGGCCCUGGCUGGCACGACAGCGCUACCGAAAGGGACACGAGAACACCUCCUCAAGCUGAUCAAGGAGCACCAGCAUGGCGAAGGAGGGGCUCGGACACCAGAAAGACGACCUCGGCGGGAACUUGCUACCCCGCCGGAGAAGGAGAUCAAGCAGGAAGGUGGUCGGCCAGCAGGGGCGCCGACAGCCUACCAAGGGACCGAGGCACCGUCGGUGCCGUACAUGGCUUCACCCUCGACCCAGACGGGGAUCCCGGUCACAGCCAGAGAACGCCACAAGCCGUCCAACAAAGGUACGCCCCGAGUAGCCCUCAAGGCCCAGGGAAGAGGGCCGGCGGCACCCUCGCUUGGUGGCACGCCGCUGUCGGAAAAGCUGGCCAGGAGCAGAGACAAAAUGGGCAGCGACAUGGUGAACCUGGACGACAGCGAGGACGAGAAGAUCGGACACCUGGCCUCCAACUCGACGGGGGACAUGGAGGACGUAGACGGUGAGGUGAAGACGGAUAUGAUUGCCCUCGUCGGGAACUACAGGUACUACGACCUCCUCGACUACCUGUUCGUGAUCUGUGGACUGGUUUGGACAGCUAUUGAGAAAUGGCUCCUUCAAGCCCACCAGGAAGCACAGGGGGUCCCCAUGGACCGAGGACAUGGCCGGCCAUUCCUCGCCGAGCCGAAUUCCAAGCAGAAACCGUUGGAGGCACUGAGCAGCUACAGCAGGCUCCCCCCCCCCCACUACGAGAUCCGGCCUGGAGAAGAUGAUGCAAUUGGACCGCCGGCGAUACACAUCUCGUGCUGGGUGGCGACGGUCCACUAUGAGCCCGAGAUGGUCGAUAUAGCGGUGCCUUUCCCGCUCACCGAGGAAAGGCUGCGGACACUGGCCCUAGAGGAUACCAGCCAUUUCCCCAAGUGGCACCCAGUCCUCACAUGGCCACAGCUCUCUUCGGACUAUGCCAGUGCGGUUCUCGUCCCGCCGUGGAUCCUACUUUCUGGACGCUACGUGAUGGUGGCGGACCUCACCGGGAUUGGAGGUGGAGCCUACACGUUCUACUUCGAGGCGAUGGUCAGUAAGGCCUCCAUGCUCCGGGAGGUCAACAUUGCAGCAAGCGAGCCAUACGAGGUCUUUAUCUUCGGCGACCUUGCACCACUGACGGAAGGAGAACGUCGACAACCCAUCCAAGGAGGGGUUGUGAAAAUCCUCCCUAGAGGGAUAGCGGUCGACUGGGCAACGGAUUUGGCCCCAAGGCUAACAGACCCCGGACAAUGGAGGCCGGAUACCGAUCCACCACGACCAGCACACGGGACCUUCCUUGCCUACCAGGACACGGAACACCAGAUCGUCAACAUGGUGCUGCGCCGUGACCCUAGAAGCACCCGCCAGAUCGCGGGCGAUACGUUGGGGCACGAGCCAGAGGACAUAUGGGUCGAUGUUGGCGGUCAUCCCCGAAGCUAUUCCACGAUUGUGUUCGUUGACCUACGUGGUGUUGGGAAAUGGGUGCAGUGGCUGGCGGUGGAAGGAAACACGUUCGACCCCAUGCCCUACCUGGACUCGCUGCACCUGCCGUACUUUGACAAUUGGUCUAUAGUCGUACGUGGUGGGAGGAAGACAGGCAAUGGUAUUGAGCUGGAGGUGCAGAACGGCGAGCUACUCACCAUUGACCUGCGGCACAACAACGACAUCACGCCUACGGCUAGCGAAGAUGGAGACUCCGACGGACCGGACGAGGAGUCGGACAGCGACCCGGACAGCCCGGAUGAUGAGAUGAGAGACGACCCUUCCGAUGUUGAGCCGGAUGCGGAGCCAGAUGCGGGUAUGGACAAUCGCCCCGACGUCGGUGCCCAGGACCGCAGCAGAUCCCCGCGACGACCCGGUAGUGGGGACAGCAGUCUGCAAGGGAGCAGACACAAAACAAAGCAGUGGCAGCAGAAGGCAGCCCUCCCCCUACUGCUCGCCUCAUGCCUGCCACCGGCGAACUUUGACCUCACACGUGAGAGCCUGCCCCUCCCACAUGACAAAGAAGAGGUCAUGGCCCUCAUGCGACCGUGGCGGCCAGACUGGAUCCUACAGGACAUGGAGGGUGUCGUCCUACACAAAGACACCCAGAAGGCCCUGCAAGACAUGGAGCACUGGAGCGACUUCCUGCUGAAGGUCACAGACCCCAUUGAGGCGCAUAUAUAUACUGACGGCUCCUACCUUCAGAAAGAAGAAUCGGCAGCCUAUGGGGCGGUCAUUCGUCUCGAGGCAGGUGGGGCCAGUACACUCUUUGGUCUCUUUGGCGAGCCGUUGCCGGAGGUGCAGGACAGCUUAUGGCAUUUUGAGGCCCCACCCGUCCUUCGCUCUGAACAGGUGGCAGUGGCAUCAGCCCUCCUGUGGCUGUGCCAAAGCCGCAUGCUUAUCCGCCUCGUGGGAGCCACACUGCACUUCGACAACAUGGCGGCUGGUUGGAGUACCGGUGGACAGUGGGAACCGCCAAACAGCUUCGGAAGAAAAGCACGAGAACUGGCUAUGUUUGUCAACACGUUGUUCCAACAGGGGCUGACCUUCAGGCAUGUGAGCGCACAUCAGGGUGACCCCUGGAACGAGCUUGCCGAUGCGGUGGCUAAGGCCAUGGCUAUGAAACGGAUCAGAUCAAAAGGUCCGCCCCUCCCUGCACUCCAGGCGUUUAUCGAGGGUGACUUUAGCUGGCUCACACUGGCGACCUGGGGCAUCAACGACCCAAGCUUCCCCACCCAGACGGGCUCCCACCUUACCUGGACCAUGCCGACGCCGACAUCCAGCAGUCCCCUCACUCCACAACAACUGGUCCCGACAAAGAGCACGUGGCCAGGCGAUACCGACCGACAGUGGGACUUCCAUUGUAAAGUUGCGACUAUCAAUGUGCAGGGCAUUGCUGGCAAACACGCCUACCUGGAGGAACAGUUCGAGGAGGCUGGAUACCACAUCGUCUUCCUGCAGGAAACCAAGGAAAAGGGAGGUAUGUGUCGGAGCUCCAGAUACCUGAGAUUCGGUUCAGAUGGAUGCGGGCAUUGGGGCACAAGCAUCUGGGUGAGCCGGACCCUGGGACUACUGGAUGCUGGUGGAAAGGCUUGCCACAUCACCGACGAGGACGUCGAAACCCUCCACAGCACAGAACGACUACUUGCCCUGUCGGUCAGACAGGCAACGUUUCGAUGCAUCCUGCUCUCGUGCCACUGCCCUCACACAGGCAGGCCGGAGGAGCGGGAACAUUAUCUCGAAAGACUGGGCAACAUGCUUGAGGACUAUCGGGAGGCGACCCUGGUCCUCAUGGGCAUCGACCUCAAUGGAAGACCUCCACCAAACUUCGGAGCGGUGACCGGUGGCCUCACAUGUGGUGAGGUUGAUGCGACUGGAACUCAGGCGGCCAAAGUGUUCGAGAAAGGUCGGCUAUGGAUGCCAUCUACGUAUACCCAAUAUCACACUGGCCCCAGUGUGACCUUCUGCCAUCCGUCAGGACAGAAGCACCGGAUUGAUUUCGUUUGCCUAGGUGGAAAAGCCGCGAGCACGGGGGCUCACAGCUGCAUCAACCACCAUCUGGAUGUCGCCACGUCGCAUGACGACCACUUCGUUGUUCAACUGGAAUGCUAUGGCAGCACAGGACCGCUAGGGAGUCAAGGACGGCUCUGGAGGCCUCGCUACGACCGAGGAAAAAUGCGGUCUGCGGCAGGCAAGGAGCUGCUGCACCACGAAAUCUCCAAGUAUGCCCCACCACCGUGGUCCCUUCAUGUCGACGCGCACUGCCAACACCUGCAGGAUUUCCUCCAUCGGACCAUGCAGGAGCACUUUGCUCUCCCACUCGGGGGUCCCCGAGCGACCUAUAUACCAGAAUGGGUCUGGAAGCUCCGACGGAAGAAACUCGCUUACAAAGCACAAGUUGCCCACCGUAAGCGGGUGAGGAGAGAAUGGGUACAGGAGGCCUUCGCACACUGGAGCGGCCGGACACCCCAGAAGAUUGGCGACAUCGGCAAGGACGACCUGCUUUACCAAUUGGCGGCGGCUGCUAUUGGAUGUGUCACGAAGGUCAUCAAGAACGGUAUCAGGGAAGCGAAGGCGGAGUACCUACAGCGACUUGCUGACGAGGGUGGGACAGCGACAAAAAUCCUGCAGAAGGCCAAGCAAGCUGGUGUUGGCGGGCGCAAAGCUCGUCCUGUUGUGCGACCGCCGCCACUCCUCCUCGACAAGGAGGGCAGACCGGUCGUCAGUCAGGAGGCAAGAGAGGAGCUCUGGCUCAACCACUUUGGAGAAAUGGAGGUUGGCACCACGGCCGAGGUUGCGGAUUUCCUGGCUGGCCUCGCGGCCCCCUCGGAAAUACCAGGCAGGUCCAGGACCUACCAUCCCUGGCGGAAGUUGAAUCCCUCUUUCGGCAGGCCCCGGUGGAUCGAGCUGCAGGAUUGGAUGGAGUGCCUGGUGAGAUCCUGA